AUCUUCCCAUUCUGCAUCACAGUGACAGAAGAGUGCUACCUCUUGGCCACGAUGGCAUAUGGCUGGUUUGUAGCCAUCUGUAACCCCUUGCUCUACCCUGUCAUUAUGUCCAAGAGGUUCUGUGUGCUCCUUGUGUGUGGCUUCUACUUCAUGAAGUGUGUGAAUGCAGGUACUCAGACAUUUAUAUUCCUCCUGUCCUUCUGCAAUUCCAACAUCAAUCAUUUCUGUGCUGUGGGCCCCAUCCCGAAGCUCUCCUGCUCUGACACAUACAUCACUGAUCUGGUCCAUUUCACCUGUGCUACUGUGCUCAUCACCUCAACCAUCCUCCUCAUUCUCAUCUCCUACAUCUGCAUCGGAGUUGCCAUCCACAAGAUUAAGCCCACUAAAGGCAGACAAAAAGCCUUCUCCACCUCUGCUUCCAACCUGACUCCUGCCACCACGUUCUAUGGGACAGGCUCCUUCAUGUAUUUACCGCCCAGUUCAAGAUUCUCCAUGGAGCACAAGAUCGUCGCUGUGUUUUAUGCUCUGGUGAUUCCCAUGCUGAAUCCUAUGAUUUGCCGCCUGGGGAACGAGGAGGUCAAAUAA